GACAGUUUUGGUGCCCGAGGAAGUUGAGGCCCGUGGCCUCGGGGCGCGGGGGACAUGGAGGAGCCGCGGGUGCGCGAGGAGGAAGCGGACCAGGAGGAGGACGGCGAGGACCAGGCAGGGCCCGAGGGCGCCCUGGGCAAGAGCGCCCUGCAGCUGACCGCCGAGGACGUGUACGACAUCUCCUAUGUGGUGGGCCGCGAGCUGAUGGCGCUGGGCAGCGACCCCCGGGUGACCCAGCUGCAGUUCAAGAUCGUGCGCGUCCUGGAGAUGCUCGAGGCGCUGGUGAGCGAGGGCGGCCUGGAGGCAGAGGCGCUGCGCCUGGAGCGCGACAGCCUGCGGCAGGAGGUGGACCUGGGGCCGGACAAGAUGGUCGUGGACCUCACGGAUCCCAACCGGCCGCGCUUCACCCUGCAGGAGCUGAAGGAGGUGCUGCAGGAGCGCAACUCGCUGAAGGCCCAGCUGCUGCUGGCGCAGGAGGAGCUGCGCUGCUACCAGAGUGGACUGAUUCCCCCAAGAGAAGGCUCAGGAGCAAGACGAGAGAAAGCAGCUGUGGUUCCAAGGCCCAGAGGUGCCGAGCACGGCAAAGGGGAGCGGACGAUCAUGAAGAAGCUGUUCUCUUUCCGGUUGGGCAAGCAGACCUAGAUUGUGGCCAAGGCAGUGGCAUGGACAGGAAAUGACACGGCCUGGCGCCUCUGCUGGUGUUGGGUCCCCGGUGCACCUGCUUGCUCAUCCCCUAGUGUGAGUUCCCGUGUGCUGCUCCUCCCCACUGCAGACGUGGACGGCAGUCGGCUUCCAGGAGGCUGGGAGCAGAGAGAACUCGCGACAGGACCGCCUCCCGCCCCAGGGACCGCAGUGGGCAGACU